AUGAUAAAAACUGCCCCUGCUGUUGCACAAACUGAGGAAGAGGAAGCACCUAAAGAAGAAGUCAAAAAAGUACCCCCUUAUGGCACUACGGAAUGGAUAUAUUAUUUAAGUGAAACUGAAGGUCUUUUUCCGACUCCCAUUGAUGUAUCGAUUACUGAUUCUCUCUGGUACAAUUGUCCAGAGCUUAAAUGGUACAACUUUGAUGUAUACCCCCAUAAGAUUAGACUUACAAACACGGGAUAUACAGUUGUUCUUGGCGCGAAAUGGCGAACAGAAAGACCGUAUUUAGAAGGUGGGCCCUUCUUAGAGAAGCAUGUUUUAUCACAAAUUCACUUCCACUGGGGGGGAAAUAUGAUGGAGGGUAGUGAACACACAAUUGAUAAAAGGCGAUAUCCAGGUGAAAUGCAAGUGACGUUUUUCAAAGCGGAUUACAUGACUCAGGAGGAGGCAUUUCACCAUCAUGACGGAGUUGUUAUGAUAUGCUACUUGAUUAAGUACGGUGUAAAUCCUGAUGACCGCCUCAGUUGGAUAUUAGAAGGAUUUCCAAGGAUCCAGGAAGCUCAAACGCAAACACGAGUUGGACCAUAUCCCAUGUCGCGACUCUUACCAAUGUUUUAUGAAGACUACUUUUUGUACUGGGGAGCUUUAAACACAGUGAGCGGAGAAAACUUUGUUGUUAGGUGGCUGGUCCCACGAAAAUCGUUAUUCGCUUCCUUGGAACAGAUGAAAGAAUUCCGUAAAUUAUGGGACCCGUGGGAUGAACCGAAUCGUCGCAACUUCAGACCACUACAAGAACGACAAGAUAGACAUGUCUUAUUUAUAAGUCCCCAUUGGAAUCUUUACAACUCAUUGCUGCCUACGCCAAGGAUACCGGAGGAAUCAAUAUCUGUACUAUCACCUAAUUAUGAAGCCAAUUUAUGGAUGUUACCGCCACAAAAUGCGUACAUGCUCUCCAAUGAAGAAGAAACGGUUGAAAAUGAUAAUCAACCUUCAGAUACUUAUAUUGAUUAA